AUGUGCCCAAAGGCCGACCGGGAGGAACUAGGGAGCGCGGGCACGGGUGGGAUACGGGAUGUCAGAGAUGUCGAAUCAAGUGUAGGGGACCUCGGUUCGCCGUUGCGUGGCGGCCCACUUUUCGGGAGAAAGGGGUCACCGGAAACUACCUUGGGGCUAGAGGAAAAAUUUACCGAGGAAUAUGGCGAGGACGACGACGACGUAGUACGAGAUGAACUGUCGGCUACCUUUCUUGAAGUGCACGACUUGGAUGACGAGAUGGAAAGCGACAUUCUAGUACUGGAGGGGAUCGAGAGCUUGGGAAACGCGACGGAUAGUAUCGAGGAGAAUCAGGAGCUCUACGGCGUUUUUGUGCGGAAGAAGAAGGAGGCGAACUUGAUCAAGUUGUCGUAUCCCGACAAUAAGACCCGCGUCACCAAACCACGGGCGAAAGUGCUAUAUUACAUCAGCGGGUGGUUGCUCAGCAAGGACUGGGCGCACGUGAGACGGCAAAAGAUCGAGGAGAGGGAGUGGGUGUCCUUUGUAGAUCUCAACAAGUCUGCUUCCGAGGGAGCUGCGGUAGAGAAGGAUAAGGAACUGGAGCAUUUAGUAGGUGAAGUGAAGAGGAGGAACGACGAAAUCAACGGUGCUGGACUCCUGUUUGCCACGAAAGCGUUUUUUGAGUUCACAUAUGCUUCGGAGAUCGGGUACUUCCAUAUCCUUUCUAAGCCCUUUCUGUUAGGAGCAUAUCUCGUAGGCCUUCCGGGUGACAUGUUGCGGGUGGUCAGCGAAGCGACCGAGAUCAGGGAUGCGUGGGCUGAGUGCUGCCCACCCUCCUCGGGAAGCGUGAAUUUUGAGUGGGAUUCCAAGGUCGCUCAUGAGGUUUUCCUUCGCAUAAGGACAUAA